AUGAAUCUUAUACAUUUAUCUACAUCAUCGCAACAUCCCAUUCACACCUCAACGCAGGAUAUCGCUGUCUUCCAAACCACCCAGCUACUUGGUGAUCCAUUAAAGACUUCACUAAUUGUGGCUGGUGCUCAGCCAGGUAUAUCUUACACGGUCCCGCAUAUACUUUUAGCAUCUGAGUUAUUCUUAAGCAAUCGGCAGGCCUGGCAAUCUGUCUUCAAGAUUCUAAUUAGGCAGUCUUCUCAAAAUGAUCCGGCACUAUACGUAGCCACCACCUCCAAUCCACCAUUGAAGACCAGUGUGGCCAAGUCCCCUGACCCUCCAAAACGCCACCGCACCCGCCAUCACGCUAGCCCCAAGAGUGUUGUCGAUGAUCCAGAAGAGUCUUUUGCAACUUGUCAUCGUCCUCCACCCAAGCCUCGUCCGCUUGCAUGGUCCAAAUGUUCUGGCCCCAUGACUUCAUCUGCUGAGGAGGAGAUUUUCGAGGCCACUCCUGCAUUGGUUGCUGAAGCAAACACCACCGCUGCGAGUGAGGAUCCCAAUACUACCACCCAAAGUCAGUCAAACAACCCCAAUGGUGGGACUUCAGCUACCUCUACCGAGUCACACAAUGCAGGGCAUGGCAGCAAUGAUCAUUGCAAGGAUACUUCAACUAUCUGUGCUGAGUCACACAGCACAGAGCAUGGCGGAAAUGAUGAUGGCCAAAAAACUUCCACUACUUCUGCCAAUGGCUGCCCAUGUAGGUCAGGUGGCAUCAAGUCAUAUGCACCUGAUCGGAGCAACAGUGGAGAGAGCUCCCCAUCUGACAGUGACUGGGCUGCCGGUCAAGAGCAGCUGAAGAAAGCAUGGCAAGCUGCUGCCAAUGCCGGUGUGAAUGAUGGUGACAAUGAUGAGGGCUCCCCUGCAACUGACCCUCCAUCUCCACCACGGUUGACUUCCACGCAAAAGCAAAAGUCCAAGGUGAUGGCGGAGGUCAAUGAACAUAACGGCAGCAAAGACGAUGACGAUGAGGAUUUUGUGAAGACCAAAGGAAGAUUACCUCAAGCAGGUAUCUUGAAGGCACAGGAGCUUGGGAAGAAUACAUUGGAAGCCGCCAGAGCACUCGGCAAAGAAUAUGGGAAGAGUGUGAGGACAAUCCUAAUCGAGGCUGGGUUGACGAUGAAGGCCACCCACCAGGAGUCUCCAUGGAACCAACAUCAGACGUGUGGAUUUAAAGGCUUGGAAGGUCUUAUGAUGGCUGUUUGUGAUGCCUUCACAAAAUCGACUAACUACGAUCAAGGCUGCGUACUGGCACCGCACCCCAUGGCAUUCACAUUGCCGGUUGUCGCAAUAUUCCCUGGUGACGAAGAGGCAGGCUGCCAGGCAUCAGGACUGUUCGCUGGCUCUGACAUGGUCAAAGCCCUCAUCAACUCACAUCAACUGGAUAUUAAGCAUUGGUUAGAUGAGCUCACCACAAUCCUUAAUAUCAUGCAUGUAACACGACACUUGCGCGAUAAACGCGAUGUUCGCGUGACGCGCGCGACUUUAGGCGACACUUCCGCGACAUAG